AUGGAUUAUUUCCUAACCAAUACUGACGAUAUCAGUGAUUGUGACGAUCAAUCGGACAAGUCAACUUCAAAUAAUAAUCAUGCUAAAAAUCACACACAAAAAUCAGUACUUGGAGAAAAUACUGGAAGAAGUAGCAGACGUAAACAAUCAGCUCCUCGUUCUCGGCUUGUCCGUCAAUGUGACGAAUGUGACUUUACGUCAUCCAUGACAAGUGAAUUUAAAACUCAUAUGAAAUUCGAACAUGGACAUGAUCAAGUAUUUUUAUGUGAUUUAUGUCGAUAUUAUUCAUUAUCAUCAUUUGAUUAUCAAUUACAUUUAAAUUCACAUCAAAAUAAUGUUUCAAUAUCUGCAUCAACAAAAUUAAACAUAUCACAUGAACAAUCAGUUGAAUCCGAUGGUGAAAUGGAAGAUGAUGAUUCAGCAAAUAUUUUUUCCAAAGAACAACAUCCAAUUCUCUAUGAACACGAUGAGCAAAUGUCCGACGAUGAACAAAAUCCAUCAACUAGCACAAGCAAGAAACUUAAUCUAUCAGUUACUUCUUCACAUUCUAAUACAACACAACAAACAUCAUCAGUACCUGAUCGCAAACGCCCAUAUAACGUAUCUGUUGAUCCAGCCCGAUAUCGCCGUGUACCAGAUCCAGACGAUGCAACUGCUGUAAAAUUUGCUUGUUCAUUAUGUGGUAAUUUAUACAAAUGGCGAAAAAGUUUAAAUAAACAUUGGAAAGAAAAACACAACGACGAAAGUCCACCGCCACUCGACGCACCAGUUACAAUUCGACCACCGAAAUCAUCAGCAAAUACAAAUAUUCAAUCUAAACUAUUGAAUCGAACAAGUGACAUCUUACCACAGUCAUCAAUGAAUCCGCCAGCAUCAUUAGCUCCACCACCGCCUCCGCCUCCAGCACCACAUCAUCCAGCAUUUCCAUUUAAUCCCUAUUCAUGGAUUAAUUUUGCUUCUCGAAAUGAUUUUCAACCCAUCUAUCCAUCAGUAACACCUACGGAUCAAUCGUUAAAUCUUCCAUUGGACUUAACAAUAAAAUCGACAAAUAAAACAACAACAACAACAUCAUCACCAAUAUCAAUCGAACAAAAUCCACUAAAAAAACAUCAUCGCGAUAGUAGUAGUAGCAAUGAAGAACAACGCGAUAGUUCACAUUACAAUCGUGCUGAUAGUGAUGAUGAUGACGAUGAUGAUGGCCAUUCAGAACAUGCAUCAUCUUCAAGUCCACCAAAUGCAUAUGGACAAAAAAUAUUUAUUUGUUCUAUAUGUGAUCAACGUUUUCUUGCUGUUGAAACCGUCAAUGAACAUUUCUUGAAAAAUCAUCUUCUCGAAUUAGAAAAUGAAAUAGCUGGUAAAUCACCGCCGCGCAAUACAAAUGUUGCACAACAAAAUGAAGAAUGGAAUUUAAGCGAUCCAGUUAAUCCAUUGAAAUGUAUUCAAUGUGACUUUGUUGGUCGUUGGCCAACCGAACUUCAAAAACAUGCUGCUUCACAUUCAACAUCACGACCAUUUAAAUGUCUUGUUUGUUCAUUAACUUAUAAGUGGCGGUGGGAUUUAGCUAAACAUUGGGAUCGUGCACAUGCAUGCGGUGUUAAAGGUAUUAAUUUAAUAAAUCCAUAUAAAAAACGUGAUCGUGAUCAAGCACGUUCCAUGAUGGAAUUAACACCGACACCAACAGCAACUACAAAAAUCAAUGGUGAUCAUCAUUCAACUUGCUCAUCAAUAUCAUCGUCGUCAACAAUAAAAAAGAAUUCUUUACGCAAUUCCGAUGAUGACGAUCAUAGUCAGCAUUCCAGUAUGUCUGAUGACGAUGAACAAGUUCAACCACCACAGCAGCACCACCACAACAACCACCACCACCAUCAACCACCGAUUAAACGUAUUAAACAAGAGGAUGAAAAACAUUUAUCAUUGUUAUCAACAUUUUUACCACCUCCACCCCCACCGCCGUCAACAACAACAGCCGCGGCUGCGGCUGCUGCUGCUGCUGCAGCAUCAAAUAUGUUUUUUCCACCACCGUCAUUUUUCUCUCAUCAUCCAAUGUUUUCAUCGUUUGUCAAUCCAUCAUUAUUACUACAACCAAAAUUUAAUUAUGGAUCACGUUCCUCUCAAGUGCCGCUCAAUGCAAGUUUAGAUCUAUUUAAACAAGCAUCUGCUUUUAUUCAACGAACACAAUCACCAAAUUCUUCAAGAUCAUCAUCACCAAGAACAUCAUCACCUUUACAACCGCCGCAACAGCAACAACGAAUACAUGCUGUCGCUGCUAUGGUCGCAGCAGCUAAUGGUAAUAGUAAUCACAUUCGUAAUCAUCAUCAUCAUCAACAACAACAACAGCAGCAGCAACAACAGCAACAACAACAGCAGCAGCAGCAGCAGCAGCAGCAGCAACAACAACAACAACAACAACAACAACAACAACUACAACUACAGCAACAACAGCAAAGAAAAUUUGAAAAAGAAGAAAGAAAUUUUCAAUGCCGUUGGUGCGAUUAUCGUGGUCGAUGGAGAAGUGAAUUAAUACAACAUAUGAGAUGUCAUCAUGCUAGAGAUAAACCGUAUCAUUGCUCGGCUUGUCCAUAUGCUUCAAGUUGGAAAUGGGAUGUUCAAAAGCAUGUUAAAAAACAGCAUGCUCAUGAUACAGCAAAAAUUGUUGAAUUACCUGAUAAAUAUUUAUUUCAAACAACUCUGAAAGCAAAAUAUGAAGGAACCGAUGAUCGAGCCUUGGCACCAGCACCAUUGACUGAUGAAGAUUAUAGUUUUUUUGGUGCUGACGUUCAACAAAAAUUAUCAUCAAUGAAAUAUACACGUGAUCGUACAUUAGCUUGUCAACAAUGUCCAUUUGCUGCAAAUUCAAUGGCUGAAUUACGACGACAUUUAAUUGUUCAUUCAGCUGAAAGUCCGUAUCAUUGUUUUAAUUGCGAUUUUAAAUCGAAAUGGAAAUGUGACGUUAAAAAACAUAUGCGUCUAUGCAAUCAUCAUGGACCAGUCUUAGUUGGACGUAAAGCUAUGGCUAAAGUUAUGGAGAGUCUUGGUCUAGUCAUUGGCAAUAAUGAUUUAGCGAAGACAAUACCAGCCGAUAAACAAAAUGUUGCUGCACUUGCAGCUGCUGCUAUGCAAAUGUCAUCAUUCUUUGCUCAACAACAAAAAGAACAACAAAAAAACAACAACAACGAUAUUAUCGAUGAAGACGAAGAAAUUGUUGAUGAAGAAGAAGAAGAAGAAGAUGGUGGUGGUGGUGAUGACGACGAUGAAAAUAAUAGUUUAAUUAUUGUUGAUGAAAAUCAACAACAAGAUGAUAUUGACGAUAAACAAAAACGUAUAACAACAAGUUCGCGUACACAAAAUAAUAAUCUUCGUUGUCGUCAAUGUGAUUAUGAAGCUGACGAUCUAUCAGAUUUACUUGUUCAUCGUAAAGCACAUGCAUCUAUGAAAUAUAAUACAAAUUUUGAUCAAACUUUUCAACAAGAGAAAAUUCUAUCGAACAAUAAUAGUGAUAUUGAAAAUGAUGAUGAAGAACAAGAAGAAGAAGAAAAAACUCGUGAUAUUCAAUUAGAUGAAAAAAUGUUUGACUAUGAAUUACAUUGGCUAGAAAAUAAUCCGUUAAUUAAACAAUUAACAACAGUUCAACAAAAAACUCGAACUAUUGUUUUUAAAUGUUCAAACUGUAAUUAUACUAUUAACAAUAAUCGCCAAUAUUUUCUUAAUCAUCUUGAUCAUCAACAUCCAGAAUUGUUACAAAAUUAUUCAUGA